ACCUCGACAGCCACCGUACUCGCAUGUUGUUUUCGUUCGUUUGUUUAUGUUAGCUUGGUGGCUAGCUAGUUUCCCAUAAUCUGAAGAUAUGGCUGACUAUUCAAAAGUGAAAAUAACAAAACUUGUUUUGAAAGGACUUAACAAGGGAAAGAAGAAGAAGCACAAGGAUAAGAAAAGAAAAAGGGACGAUGCACAAGAUAAACCGGAUAUUGUUGGUGGAUGGUGGUGUAUCAGUGGCUUUGGGGAGAUUUCAGGAACGGUUGCAAUAGAGAUGCAGACUGAUUCCUACAUCCAUGCCCUGGAUACUGGUCUGUUCACAGUUGGUGCACCACAUCAAGGUAAGAAAAACGACGAAGGGCCAGACCCCCCGGAGCAGUUCACUGCCAUCAAGUUGUCAGACUCUAGGGUAGCCCUGAAGUCUGGCUAUGGGAAGUAUCUAGGGAUCACCUCGGAGGGGGUCGUGGUGGGGCGUUCCGACGCCAUCGGCUCCCGAGAACAGUGGGAGCCUGUUUUCCAGAACGGGAAAAUGGCUCUCAUGGCAGCAAAUAGCUGUUUCAUCUCUUAUAGUGAAAGUGGGGACAUUGAGGCCAAGAGCAAGUUGGCGGGGGACGAUGAGAUGGUUAAGAUCCGGUCAUGCGCGGAGAGGGAGGUCAAGCGAAACGACGACAUUGCCGACGAGGACAGGGGCAACGUGAAGAACUGCGAGCUCAACUACGUAAAGAAGUUCCAGAGUUUCCAGGACAGGCGGCUGAGGGUGAACGAGGAGGACAGCACCACACUGAAGAUGGCCCGAAAAGACGGGAAGUUCCACGAAGAGCUGUUAGACAGGAGAGCCAAGAUGAAAGCAGACCGAUACUGCAAGUGAAGAUACAAGAGUUUAUGGAUUGUCCACUCGUCUUUGAAUUUCUUAUGUUAAAAUCAAAAAGGCUCUCUUUUUUUUAUUAGUUUGAUUGUUUGACUGGCAUUGAUGAAUACAUUUGAUUUGGUUAAGAGAAAGUAAAACUGCGAUUUAUUGUGUAAUUUCAAUCCCUAAACCCCUUCCCUAGCUGGCUCCUCAGAAGACUGAAUAGUUUCACUGAGUUUCCCUAUGCGUCAUAUCUCAAAUAAUAAACAGCAGUAGUGGUUAUGGUGAACUGGAUUGUAUUCGAGAGAUUACCCAGUGACCCAUUUUCCUGUAAAUUAUUGCUAACAUGCCUA